UUUAAGCCUUUCGCUAAACACAUCAAAAACAAAGACGGAUUCUUUAUUUUUUGGGAAAACAAAGAUUACCUUUUUUUUCUUUUUCUUUUUUUUUUGGGUUUGAGAAUGGCGUUUGCUGUUACUUCAUCGUCUUCUUCAACUGCGAUUUCUGGUUCUAGCUUUCCUCGUUCAAGUGCCUCUCCUGAUCCCAAAGUUCCACAAAUUGGUUCAGUCCGGUUUGCAGAUCGUCAUGCAACGGUGAAUCUGUCUCGAAGACGUUGCGCAGUGAAGCCCGUAAAUGCGGAGCCAAAGCGUAAUGAUUCCAUCGUUCCUUUAGCAGCAACCAUCGCUGCUCCAGAAAUAUCGGAAAAAAUAGAGGCGGAGGAUUUCGAGCAAUUGGCUAAAGAACUUGACAACGCUUCUUCACUUGAAAUUAUGGAUAAGGCUUUAGAGAAAUUUGGAAACGACAUUGCCAUCGCUUUCAGUGGAGCGGAGGAUGUUGCUUUGAUUGAGUAUGCGAAAUUGACUGGUAGACCAUUUAGAGUGUUCAGCCUUGAUACUGGAAGACUGAAUCCAGAAACGUAUCGAUUCUUUAAUGAGGUUGAGAAACAUUAUGGAAUCCGUAUGGAAUACAUGUUUCCAGAUGCUGUUGAAGUUCAGGCAUUAGUGAGGAGCAAAGGGUUAUUUUCAUUUUACGAGGAUGGGCACCAAGAGUGUUGCCGGGUUAGGAAAGUGAGGCCAUUGAGGAGAGCACUCAAAGGGUUACAUGCUUGGAUUACCGGUCAGAGGAAAGAUCAAUCUCCAGGGACUAGAUCGGAGGUUCCUGUUGUUCAAGUGGAUCCUGUUUUUGAAGGAUUGGAUGGUGGGAUUGGUAGCUUAGUGAAGUGGAACCCAGUCGCCAAUGUUGAUGGUAAAGACAUGUGGAAUUUUCUUCGGGCGAUGAAUGUGCCUGUCAAUACUUUGCAUUCCCAAGGAUAUGUGUCUAUUGGCUGCGAGCCGUGCACUAGGCCAGUUCUACCGGGCCAACAUGAGAGGGAAGGAAGGUGGUGGUGGGAGGAUGCUAAGGCCAAGGAGUGUGGUUUACAUAAAGGAAAUUUGAAACAAGACAGUGCAGCCCAACUUAAUGGCAACGGAAAUGGGGCUUCCCAUGCCAAUGGUACUGCCACUCAAAGUGAUAUUUUCAAUAGCCAGAGCUUGGUCACAUUAAGCAGGACUGGAAUUGAGAAUUUGGCGAGAUUGGAGAACCGGAAAGAGCCGUGGCUUGUUGUGCUCUAUGCCCCAUGGUGCCAUUUUUGCCAGGCAAUGGAAGAAUCUUAUGUUGAACUGGCGGAGAAGCUGGCAGGUUCCGGGGUGAAGGUAGCUAAAUUCAGAGCUGAUGGUGAACAAAAGGAGUAUGCAAAAACAGAGUUGCAGUUGGGAAGCUUCCCAACUAUACUUUUCUUCCCCAAACACUCGUCUAAGCCCAUAAAGUAUGCAUCGGAGAAGAGAGAUGUAGAUUCAUUGAUGGCCUUUAUUAAUGCCCUCCGAUGACGGGAAUCAAAAAGUCAUUUGUCUGAAUUAGCUAAUCAUGAGUUGAGCGACGAAGAAUGAAGCUGAUAAAGCGUAGGACACUCUGCUCCAAUGCCCUUGUUUUCGAGAUUCAAGUGAGGGUAUAAAACCCAGAUUUUGCCAUGCUUUGUUGUUUUUGUAUAUUCAGCACAUACUUCCGUAUUCUAUCUGAGGUCUUUUUAUUUAGAGGGUAUAUUUAUAUUGUUUUUGAAAGCAUUAAUCAUCUAGAAGUAAAUUGGACUGUUUUGGAUUUUGUCUCAA